AUUGUCCGCAGCACAAUAGCAACAAGAAAGUAUCGCGACACGGCCAGAUGCUAGUUCAAUUUCAACGGUUCAAGUAACCGUUAAAUGGUACGAAUGGCAACUCCUUUCAACAAUGAGAUAACGCUGACAUGCGUUUUCUCAAUUAUUUGACAAUCUUCAGUUCAAUAUGGAACUGAACAGAGAUUUGGAGCAGCGGUUACGAGAAGCAGCUUGUGUUGGGGAUACACUCGCUGUUCAGGAACUGUUGCGAAUGAAUGUGGAUAUUAAUGCGAAACAUGCAAUUAAUGGAUGGACGGCCUUACAUUGGGCUUGUAAAAGAGGACAUCUUAAUGUCGCAGUUAUGCUUUUAAUGAAUGGAGCAGAUAAGAGUAUUCCUGCAGUUAGUGGUGAGACACCGGAAUCUGUUUGUACGAAUACGCAAAUUCUGGAACUCCUGGGUGCUUCUACUGAUAAACUAGAAAAUGUGAAAGAAGUCACCACACCAGGAUUUGUGCCCAAUUAUAUUAAAAAUCCUCCAUUGACUAUUGGUCUUGAAACUAUUUUGUCAGAAAAGAUACCAAGUUAUCAUAAUCAUUCAGGGAAUUCAAGUCAAGAUGAACUGGUGCUUAAGGUGCGAAUCGCAAAUACAUCUGACCCUGACUUUAUUGAAAUCGAUCUACCAAAAAACAAUCUGACUCUGGAAAGUUUAUUAAAAAUUUCUUGUGAAGAGUUAGCAGUGGAUCCUGGACAAGUGCAUAAAUUAAGGAAGUUGCCAAAUACAAAAUUACGUAGAGACAAAGACGUUGAACGCCUUGAAAAUUUGCAAGAAAUUGAACUUGUUAUUGAUGCUUUGUAUACUGAGCUAUACACACCAAAUAUCAAUAAUGUAACACCAGUUCAAUCUACAAAUGCAAUUAUUCCAGCAAAUAGUUACCAAAGUAUAUCAAAGAAAGAUCAAACAAUUUUAUAUUAAACAUAUUUCAACUAUGCCUAAAACAGGGUUAGUGAUGAUUGACAAAAUGAUUUAAUAAAACUUUUUAUUAAAAAAAA